AUGAAGGAAUUCGGCAACAUCUACCUCAUUGCCGCCAUCUCCGUCAUCGGAGGUGGACUUUUCGGCUUUGAUAUCUCGUCUAUGAGUGCCAUCAUCGACCAGCAACCCUACAAAUGCUACUUCAAUCAGCAGCCUCUGACCUCGCUCGGCCAAUGCAGAGGCCCCAAGACUGACGUGCAAGCCGGUAUCGUGGCCGCCAUGCCUGGUGGUUCUUGGCUUGGUGCUCUCGUCUCUGGGUUCCUCUCCGACAUCUUCGGUCGUAAGACCUCGAUCCAGAUCGGUGCCGUCAUCUGGGUCAUUGGCUCCGUCAUCACCUGCGCUUCCCAGAACAUCCCUAUGCUCAUCGUUGGCCGUAUUAUCAACGGUUUCUCCGUCGGUAUCUGCUCUGCCCAGGUCCCUGUCUACAUCUCCGAGAUCUCCCCUCCCUCCAAGCGUGGCCGUCUCAUUGGCUUCCAGCAGUGGGCCAUCACCUGGGGUAUCCUCAUCAUGUUCUUCAUCUGCUACGGAUGCUCCUUCAUCAACGGCGUCGCCUCGUUCCGUCUCCCCUGGGGCCUGCAGGCGCUCCCCGCCAUCCUCCUCGGCCUCGGCCUCCUGGUACUGCCCGAGUCGCCCCGUUGGCUCGCCAAGAAGGACCGCUGGGAGGAUGCCCACUCGGUUCUGACCCUCGUCCACGGCAAGGGCGACCCCAACUCCCCCUUCGUCGCCCGCGAGCUGGCCGAGAUCCGCGAGGUCGUCGAGUUUGAGCGCCAGAACGCCGACGUCAGCUACCUGGAGCUCCUCAAGCCCAAGAUGCUCAACCGCGUCCAGAUCGGCGUCUUCUGCCAGAUUUGGUCCCAGCUGACCGGCAUGAACGUCAUGAUGUACUACAUCACCUACGUCUUCACCAUGGCCGGCCUCGGCGACAACGUCCUCCUGCCGUCGGGCAUCCAGUUCGUCAUCAACGUCGUUAUGACCGUCCCCGCCCUCCUCUUCAUGGACCGCUGGGGCCGUCGCCCGACCCUCCUGGUUGGCGCCUUCUUCAUGUGCCUCUGGCUCUGCGUCAACGCCGGCCUCUUCGCCACCUACGGCGGCCCACCGCUCGCAUCCUUCACCUCGGAGUCGGAGUCCAUGUCUAUCACGGGCCCGCCCGCCAAGGCCGUCAUCGCGUCGACCUACCUGUUCGUCGCCUCGUUCGCGCCCACCUGGGGACCGGUUUCGUGGACCUACCCCCCAGAGCUUUACCCGCUGCGCGUGCGCGGCAAGGCCGUCGCCCUCUGCACGUCGUCCAACUGGGCCUUCAACUUCGCCCUGGCCUACUUCGUGCCGCCCGCGUUCGCCAACAUCAAGUGGCGGACGUACCUCGUCUUCGCCGUCUUCUGCUUCUGCAUGUUCUGGCACGUCUUCUUCUUCUUCCCCGAGACGGCCAACAAGCCGCUCGAGGAGGUCGAGGAGAUCUUCGACACGACGCGGCCCGGCGCCACGCGCUUCGUCGGCACGCCGGCCUGGCGCACGCACAACGAGCGCCACAUCGCCGUCAAGGCCGAGCGCAACGAGCUCAGCGACCACGACAAGUACAACACCGAGCACAAGGACCCCGUGCCUGUCUAA